UUUCAGAAAGAGUUAGGAGGAAAAGUUGAAAAUUAAUUUUAAUACUGGUUUGUAAGAAAAGCAGACUCUGAACGACGAUAUGGAUGAUAAAGCAGCAGCGCCCACUGCCGACGCUGCUACCGAAACAGAGGCCGGCAAUGAACUUUCAACAGUCGAUCACACAACAGUCAUAAUGGAACCAGCGCCGAGCACAUCAAAGUCAACAAUUACCGAAUUGGAUAAUACCGAGCGCUAUACGGUGGGAGCUGUUUCAGUGGCGGCAGCCGCAGCAGCAGCAACAGCUCGAGAAGCCUUAAACGUCGAUACGGAACGUUGUUGUUGGAUUUGCUUUGCGACGGAUGAGGAUAAUCGAUUGGCUGCGUGGGUGCAGCCCUGCCAGUGUCGCGGCACAACAAAGUGGGUACACCAGAGCUGCCUGUAUCGCUGGAUCGAUGAAAAGACACAAAAGGGCAGUGCGCUGCGCUCUGUAUCCUGCCCGCAAUGCCAAACCGAGUAUAUUAUUGUGUUCCCACAAAUGGGUAAGCUGGGUGUUGCCUUGGAAGCCAUGGACACUCUGGUGAAGCGUUUGAGCCCUUUUCUAGCAGCCGGUUUCUUUGUCGGCUCGCUAUAUUGGACGGCAGUGACUUAUGGAGCUGUAACGUUCCUCCAGAUCGUUGGUCACGAAAAUGGCAUGUCUAUAAUGGAAGCUGGAGAUCCGCUCAUACUACUCAUUGGUCUGCCCGCAAUACCAGUUGGCCUGGUACUGGGCCGAUUAAUCCGCUGGGAAGAUGCCCUACUACGUUUGAUACGGAAUCGUGGCACCGUCAUGCGCAAGUUUCCCUUUGUGAAUUUUAUAUAUCCGAACCUCAAUCAACAGGAAGAGGAGUUGCCUACUUCUUCUAAUCCGGCUACGCCCGCACUUUCUGAUCCAGUUUCCGCAACGCGAAUAUUUUGCGGAGCUUUGCUGUUGCCUACAAUAUCAUGCAUUGUGGGUCGCAUAUUAUUCGAUUCAGUUGAGAACACGUUGCAUCGCACACUGCUUGGGGGAAUAACCUUCAUUACAGUAAAGGGCAUGUUGAAAAUCUAUUUAAAACAGAAGCAAUAUGCGCGUCGCAAGAAACGCCGUAUUGUCGACUAUACGGAAGAGAAUAUACGAAACUUUAUGCACCGCAACAAUAACAAUGCAGGCGCCGCUGGUAUCGGUGGAGCUCGUCAUGUCCUGCAACAGCAACAGCACGCGCAGCAACAGCCAGCAGCUGCGAUGCCUCGUUUGAUUGGUGCUGCGGCAGCAUCUCGAGAUCGUGCUGGUCGAGAACGAGAUCAUGAACCCAACAGCGUUGACAGCGUUGUUUAAAUAUGAAUGGACCCUCAAUUGAUUGAUCAAUUGAUAAUAUAUUGGAUAACUACUUAUUGUUCAACUAGUUCAGUUUUGAUUUAACUUCAUUUUGUUAACAACUUGGACUCUUAAGGCAAAGAAAAAAACUUUGAUAAACAAAAAUGGAAAAAGAAAACAAACAGAUGUAUGCACAUGCGUGCUUGUAAGCCAAAUUCAUUGCGAGAUUAACCAUUUCAGGAAUCUACUAAUAACUCAGCCGAAUAUUGGUUGAUUAAAUUUCAUGUUAAUAAAACAGAAGAAAAAUU